AUGGCGGCGUCCCUGUGGCUGAGCGGCGGCGGGGAGCGGGUGCUGCGGCUGCUGCGGGCCGGGCGCUCGGCGCUGGGCGCGGGGCUCUCCCUGCCCGCCCGGGCAGGAUGGAGGCACCUGCACGGCACCCGGGAGCUGCUGGGUACACCUGGUAUUAAAGUUCUUAUGCCUGCACUUUCUCCGACAAUGGAAGAAGGAAACAUUGUGAAAUGGUUAAAAAAGGAAGGUGACACUGUGAAUGUUGGAGAUGCACUGUGUGAAAUUGAAACGGACAAAGCAGUGGUUACCAUGGAAUCCAGUGACGAUGGCAUAUUGGCUAAAAUACUGGUGGAAGAAGGAAGCAAAAAUGUUCGCCUGGGCUCACUAAUUGGUCUGCUGGUAGAGGAAGGACAGGAUUGGAAGCAAGUUGAAAUGCCAGCUGAUGCUGGUGAUCCACCUUCUGUGGCUCCACCACCACCUGCACCUGCCUCAGCUCCUGCAGCUCCUUCAGUUUCAGCCCCUCCUAAACUGCAACAUCAACCUGGAAAAUUGCAGGUUCGCUUAAGUCCUGCAGCUCGCAACAUUCUGGAGACACAUGGUCUAGAUCCAAGCAAUGUUACACCUAGUGGGCCUCGAGGAAUCUUCACUAAAGAGGAUGCUCUCAAACUUCUGCAAGAGAAGCAGAAAGGUAAACCCAGUGAGCUGAAACCUGUGGUUCCUCCAGCUCCUGCUGCAGUGCCUUCUCCUUCACAAGCACCAGCUGUGACUACUUAUCCAAGGCCAGCAAUUCCACCAGUUUCCACGCCAGGACAGCCUGCUGCACCGGGCACAUUCACAGAAAUUCCAGCUAGCAACAUCCGAAGAGUUAUUGCUAAGAGAUUAACAGAGUCUAAAACCACCAUACCUCAUGCAUAUGCUGCUGCUGACUGUGCCAUUGAUGCUGUUUUGAAAUUAAGAAAAGAAUUGGCCAAAGAUGAUAUUAAGGUAUCUGUAAAUGAUUUUAUUAUCAAGGCAACAGCAGUUACUCUGAGGCAAAUGCCAGAUGUGAAUGUAACGUGGGAUGGGGAGGCCUGCAGGCGGCUGCAGUCCAUUGACAUCUCCAUUGCCGUGGCAACGGACCGAGGGCUCAUUACACCAAUCAUAAAAGAUGUCGCUGCCAAGGGAAUAAAGGAAAUUGCUGCCUCUGCAAAGGCUCUAGCAAAGAAGGCCAGAGAUGGAAAACUGUUACCAGAAGAGUACCAGGGAGGAUCUUUUAGUAUCUCCAAUCUGGGCAUGUUUGGCAUCAGUGAUUUCACAGCAGUCAUAAACCCUCCUCAGGCCUGCAUCCUCGCUGUGGGCCGAGCAAGACCAGAGCUCAAGAUUGUGGAAGAUGAAGAAGGGAAUGAGAAACUUGAGCAGCAUCAACUCAUGACAGUGACUCUUUCGAGUGAUGGUCGAGUGGUGGAUGAUGAACUGGCUUCAAAGUUUCUGGAGACCUUGAAAGCCAAUAUAGAGAAUCCAAUGCGACUGGCCUUAAAUUAAACUCAGUGAAGAUUGCUUCCUGUUUUGACAGCAUAGAUAACUAUUAUAUACUUAUGGUUGUUUUUCUGUAUAGAGGAGUAAAUAAAUAGCUGAAGACGGACAGUUAAAAUAUUUAAUUUAUGAAUUAAUGUGAAACACUCAUCAUUUUAGUCUCCUGAAAUAACCAGGUUUCGUACUGUAAAGCUAAAAGACCUUAAAGUUAACAUGCCACGUUUCUUUAAACGUAUAGUGCCAAUGGCACAUGUUUGCAUAGGAAAGUCAGUCUCAUCUGUAAAAAACUCAAUAAAACUUUAUGAACUAUAAAAGGGAAUAAUAGAAUAAUUUGGGUUGGAAGAGACCUUUAAGGGUCAUCUUGUUCAGCUUCUCCUGCAAUGAGCAGGGAUGUCUUCUGAGCCCCAUCCACCCUGACCCUGAAUGUUUCCAGAGAUGGGGGAUCUUCUGCCUCUCUGGGCAACCUGUUCUGUCUUUUACCACCCUCACUGUAAAAAUCUUACUUAUAUCUAGUUUGAAUCUACCUGCUUUCAGUUUAAAACUAUCACCCCUUCUCCUGUUGCAACAGGUCCCGCUAAAAAGUUUGUUCCAAUCUUUCUUAAAUGUCUCCUUUAAGUAUUGAAAAAACCAGAACUUAGUUGUGCAAGCAAUGUUCUCAUGGAGGUCCCAGUAUGAAAGGUCAAAUUCAAGCACUGAAUGGUUGCUGAUUAGUGCUGUUCUUUGCAUGGAUGGAAUGUAGAUGUAAGUAUAAAGUGUUUCAUCAUCAGUGUGUAUUGAAAUGUAACUUGGAGACUCAAGUGCAGUGGCCUGAAUUUAACAGAAUUAAAUUGGUUUCUUUCUUACAUAUAAGUAUGGAACUAGAUAUUGCAUGUAAAUGUUAUGAAAUAACUGUGUUUACAGGACCUCACGAGAAUAUAGAUUGUCAGUAGAAUUAUGGGAGUUUGUUUUAUUCUGGUUUGUGCAACUGCUUUUUCCUAAUGAUCUGUAGGAGUUAAUUAUGGCAGCAGCUCAUUGAGUAUACAGCUACUUGCAAGACAACCUGUAUUUAACACUAAGGUGAGAGGUUUUGCUAAAUGAUGUUGCUUUUUUAUCUUCUUCUGCUAUCAUAAAUUUCACAAAUUAUUAGUCUGACUGUAGGGAGAGAUUUUGAUGACCAGAUACAGUGUACUGUGCAGGAACGGACAUAGCCAUUCUGUAUUUCCAAGAGUUUCUUACUGAUAAACCAUAUUAAAGAUUGGUUCCUGAGGAUUAAUUUGCAAUUUGAAA